CACACGACCUGCCUCCCCACCAACCUCACAUCCCAGUCCAGUUCUCGACCUCCAAACAAACUACCACCAACCACAACCCCCCAUGCAAUGGAUUGGCAGACCCGAUAAUCCCCUCCAAACCGAACAAAAGUACACCUACCAUGGCGCACGCGCAAGCACACCCCCCGCCGCCGCUUGAGGCGCUGAGUCUCGACGAGCAGCGCGCUGGGGCUGGGGGACAGGGCGGCCCAGCUCCGCCGGCGCUGGGUCAGGCGAUGCAUGCCCAGCAGGCGCCGCAGCAGUUGCCGCCGCAGAUGUUUACGACGGCUGCGCAGUUGCUGGAUUUAACUGAUAAGAAACUUAUGGUCGCUCUCCGCGACGGAAGGAAGCUAAUUGGCGUGUUGAGAAGCUGGGACCAGUUCGCAAACCUAGUCCUCCAAUCCACAUCCGAGCGCCUCUUCACGCACUCACCGCCACUGCAGUUUGCGGACGUGCCACAAGGGACCUUUCUGGUGAGAGGUGAAAAUGUGUUGUUGCUGGGCGAGGUGGACCUUGAUAAGGAUGAUGAUGUGCCAGUGGGCUUUGAGAGGGGAGAUGUGGAGGAGGUGCAAGCGAGGGUUAAGGAGGAGAGGAAUGUGAGGGAGAGAAGGGAGAAGGAGAGGGGGAAGGUGUUGAGGGGGGAAGGAUUUGUGGGGGAGGAUGGCGAGGGGACGUUCUAG